AGGAACGCGCUCACCGGCCAAGCACACGCACUGUCGUGGAUACAAGGUCCGAUCACUUCUGACACCAAUGUAAUGAAACAGCAGGGAGCAGAUCUCGAACCUUCGCCCUUCGAGCCCGAGGUCCGGCGCGCUAUCGACUGUACGGCAGAAUCGAUUUCCGCGUUUAUAAAGCCAGGGUCGUCACACUAUUGACGAUUUGUGUUGCAACAAGCAAGUUUCCUGAACUCCAAUUUGCAGAUUUUUUUCGGGAUAAUACGAGACAGACAGGCAGACAGACGGUAUGUCACGGCGCGUGUGUGUGAUUGGAGGGGGAAGUUCAGGUCUGACCAGCAUCAAGAGCUGUCUGGACGAGGGUCUGGAGCCCACCUGUUUCGAGAGCAGUGAUGACAUCGGGGGACUGUGGAGGUUCAAGGAGAACCCAGAGGCUGACAGGGCCAGUAUCUACCACUCUGUCAUCAUCAACACCUCCAAGGAGAUGAUGUGUUUCUCUGAUUUUCCCAUCCCAGCCCACUUCCCCAACUACAUGCACAACUCCCUCAUCAUGGACUACUUCCGCAUGUAUGCCGAACACUUCCAACUCACCAAGCACAUACGCUUCCAGAUCAGAGUCCUCCAGGUGAAGCCAAGACCCGACUUCUCUCGUUCGGGCCAGUGGGAUGUGGAGACAGAGAACAAGAAGGGAGAGAAGGAGAAACAUAUCUUUGAUGCUGUGAUGAUCUGUAUAGGACACCACUGUCACCCCAACCUGCCUCUACACGAUUUCCCAGGUAUCGACAAAUUCAAGGGCCAGUACUUCCACAGUCGGGACUAUAAGACUGCAGAAGAGUGGCGGGGGAAGAGGGUGGUGGUGAUCGGCAUCGGCAACUCUGGAGGAGAUAUCGCUGUGGAACUCAGCAGGGUCACCAAACAGGUAUUCCUCAGUACCAGGCGUGGGGCAUGGAUCCUCAACCGUGUGGGUCAACAAGGGGUGCCCAAUGACUUUCAAUUUAACAGUAGGGUGUUAAAGAUGGCCCUGUCUGUCCUGCCCUUUGGCCUGGCCUGCAGACUGGGAGAGAACAAAAUCAACCAGAGAUUCAACCACAGCCUCUACUCUCUACAGCCCAAACACAGGCUGUUCAGCCAGCACCCUACAGUGAAUGAUGAGCUGCCCAACCGGAUCCUGUCUGGCACAGUGCAGGUCAAACCCAACAUCCGCAGGCUCCAGGGGUCCAGCAUUGAGUUUGACGACGGAACCGUGGAGGACAACAUAGACUUGGUGGUGUUUGCCACUGGCUACAACUUCUCCUUCCCCUUCCUACCGUCCAAAAUGCUGCCGGUUUCCGGGAACAAGGCCAAUCUGUAUAAGUACAUGUUCCCUCCGGGGUUAGAGCGUCCCACACUGGUCGUUAUAGGGCUGGUGCAGCCGCUUGGAGCCAUCAUGCCCAUCUCUGAAAUGCAGGCCCGAUGGGCCACCAGGGUCUUCAAAGGGCUGAAUAAGCUUCCCUCAAUGGACUGCAUGUUGAAGGACAUUAAACACAAGGAGGAGACAAUUGCCAAGAGGUAUGUGACCUCCCAGAGACACACCAUCCAGGUGGACUACAUUGACUACAUGGACCAGAUAGCUUACCAGGUGGGGGUGCGUCCCAGCCUCCUAGGGCUGUUGCUACGAGAUCCUAGUGUGUGGCUGUGUGUGCUGCUGGGGCCAUGCACCCCGUACCAGUACCGUCUGAGAGGGCCGGGACAGUGGGACGGGGCCCGACAGGCCAUCCUGACUACAUGGGAUCGGAUGGCAGGAGCCCUGAAGACCAGGCCCUCGGACAUCCCUGAGCCCAAGCAGAGUUCCUUACCCCUGACCCUAACCGUGGGGGCUGCUGCCCUGGCUCUGGGGUACUACUGGAACAUACACAACCACCCAUCCCUCCUCAUCGCCCUGGACCCCACCACCUGGCAGGACAAGAUCAAACCAUACCUGCCAGUGUUGUGGUAACCCACCAGGGAUCAAACCCAGGCUGUGACUGGGUGGCUAACACAGUCAUGUUAGCCCACUAUGCUAAAGCCUAGCCCUCAGCCAUUCCACCUAUUUAUUCAAUUCCAGUACACAACCAGCUGUACUAGUGGUGGUAUAGAACACAUAUGUUUAAGGACUGAGGGUCCCAGAGUACUAGGUAUUGUAACACUGGUUUGGUUGACUAAUGCCCAUUAGCCCACUGAGCUAAAGCCAAGGAGGUCACCUCCGUUACACCAAGACAGUGACCUGAAACAAACUCAUAAUCCAGAUGAGCUAUUAAAUACAGAAAUGCAAUAGCAGGCAGCAAUCACUAACCUUACUGUCUGUUAAUUAAUAUGCCAGGUCAUCUUUGUGAAAGAUGAGAGCUCUACCAACUAAUCAGCGAACAAAUGAUGUUAAUAUGAAUCUCUCAUAACCAAUAAUUCACUAAAUGUAUGCACAGAAUUGGAAAUAAUGCAUAGUGCAAUAUUAGUGUAUUAUCCACAGCCUGUUCUCAUAAUUUUUGGGAUUCAAUUUUACUUGAUGCCACAGUGCCUUAGACUGAUCAGAUAUAUUAUAAUAUAAUUUAUUUUGUUCUAUAACCUUAUUUUCGAAAUAGCAAAAUGAUUUUAGGAGAGUGUAGUGUAAUACAUUUUUGCCUUCAUGUUUGGAUUGGCUUUGAGUGUUACAAGUCUGUAAUUCACUAAUCUAGUCAAAUGUAUGCACACACUAACCUCUACCUUCUCCCUCCUUACGAUGUACUGGUGACAAUGAUAAAUGUCACCACUAAGUGCCUACUCCAGGAACAUCCUUAUAAACCACUAAAGUGUGGCCCAGAGACAACCCCCCCCUAGCCUCUAUGCAUUUGUAUGUGAAUGGAUAUAUGGCAUUUUUGCCAUCCUUGUCUGUCAUCCCUUUCAGAUCUAUACAGGUGCCUAGGGUGGUAGGAGACAGGAGGUAGUUGCUAGGCAUGGUGUCUGGAUGUUUAAAGAGACACUGAACACGUCGAUUGGCACGUGUUCUUCUGAUGCUCAUUAUAAAAUGUUGAUUUCUGGAUCGAUUGGGCGUUUGGUUAAUUAUGUUUGUCCCCCAUGAGACACUGUAGAUGCGGAAGCCUGUUUCACUUCCUCAAAAUCCCCAGAAUAAAUAACUCAAGAAAUCUGUCA